AUGCAAGCAACUUCACUCCCCAAUCACCCAUCGAUCCUCGCUCAAAUGUACCCUAGACAACAAAUAGACAACAAUUUUCUCAGUAUACCUUCAAUCAUAACUUCUCCCUCCAUCCCAACCUCGACUUCCGAGUCUUUUCCUUUCAACUACCAGCAAGAGCCUCUAACCAGUCCUAUUUCUCAAGCAAUCUCUGCCCCCGUAACUCCUACAAACAGUGUUACACCAGGUUUUCCUUCGCAUCCCCCUAGAAGAAAAGGUAAUCAAAACAACAACAAUAACUCCAAUGAUGGAAAAGUUAAUGGCUCAAAGAGAAAUGUUAGUUAUGGUGACCAGCGAAAAUUAGCAUCUUUUAUUGAGUCUACCGUAAAAGGAUACUUCAUGUUGUCACGUCAGCUAUAUCAUAACAUGUUGUGA